UCUUACAAGUUAAUCUCGGAAAUCACCUAUUGUAUAAUUCUAUACACAUAACUCAUAAGAUUAUUUGAGCUCGAAGGGAGUAUUGGACGGGAUGUCAGGCACCCAACCUCUUAUCCGUUGAGCCAAACAAUCAAAGCAUUGCUUUUCCAUGCAACUCUACUGCCACUGUGAAGUUGUGUGUACUGUGUAGUGAUGUUCACCCAGAAAUUGAUGCUUCUGCGUUUUCACUCCCAUUUUCUCGCUCCUCCCAAGUUCUUCCCCAAACUUCUCUCCUCCACCUCUCCUCUCUCUCUUCGCCGCAUCACCGCCGCAUGUUCCGCCGCUGUAAUCUCAUCCCAUUCUCUCUCCUCCAUCUCCUAUGGCCCUUCUCUUCAAAAGGGUACUCUUCCUGCAAAACCCCAUCAAAACCCCAUUUUAAAUUCCGCCAUUAAUCCACCCCAACAAGCUCAAACCCCCGAAAAUGGCGAUGAAACCCCAUUUGAGGAAGACUAUUUUACCCGGGUAUUUGAAAUUGCUGCAAUUCGGGUUCCGUCGGAGCGGUGUUUUGAGUUAGAGGGUAGGAUUCGAGGGCACUUGCUUAAUUGGCCUCGUGUUUCGAACAUUGCUAGGGUUCCUGGGGAUGAAAUUGAUGAGGAAGUUCAAGGGUUGUUGAUGGAGGAUAAGGGGUUAGGGAUUGGAGAGGAAAAUGAGGUUGAAAAGGCGGUGAGCCGGAGGAUUUAUGGGAAAGCUGAAGGGGAUGGGGAGGAAUUGAGUGGGGUUUUGUAUAGGGAUAAGCUUGCUAAGGAGUUUAAUGCUAGGGGUUUUGUGAAGUUUCGGAAUUUAGCUAAGAUUUCGAGGCCUAAUAGGAAGAAGAAGAGGCGAAAGGAGAGGCAAAGUGAGGAGGAGAGUCGCGGUGAGGUUGGGGAGAAGUGGAAGGGGAAGAGGAGUGUAAUGGUGGAGGUUGUCGAGGAGAGUGAGGGCGAGGGCGAAAAUGUUGGUGGUGAUUUGAGUGGGUUGUUAGGGGAUGAAUUUAUGGGGAGGAAGUGGAGGGGGUCUACUAGGUUGUUGCUUUUGGAUGAAAGAUAUGCUGGGAAGAAAUUUGACGAGCUUCCUGAAGCUGUUAAGGCAGCUUUUAUUGAAGGUUCAAGCGAGGCUACAAAGUCAAGUUGUGAGCUAGUGAGGUGCAAUUUGACCUUGUCGUAUGAUUACUGGUCUAAUGAUGAGGUGUUGGAGGCUUUGUUGCCAAAGGAUAUGAUUAUUCCCUCUGCUUUUGAAACUGUUGGGCAUAUUGCACACCUGAACUUAAAAGAAGAACAUUUACCAUACAAGAAGGUUAUUGCAAAGGUAGUUCUGGACAAAAAUAAACCAAAGAUUCAAACAGUUGUAAAUAAAAUUGAAGCCAUCAGUAAUGACUUCAGAACGAUGGAGCUGGAGGUACUAGCUGGAAAUCAUUCCCUUGUUGUGAUUCUCAGUGAGAAUGGGUUGCGUUUCCAAAUCGACUUAGCGAAAGUCUACUGGAAUUCCAGGCUAUCAACUGAAAGACAGAGGCUCAUAAGUUGCUUUACGAGUGAUGAUGUCUUAUGCGAUGUUUUCUCUGGGGUUGGUCCGAUAGCUAUAUCUGCAGCAAAGAAAGUAAAACGUGUAUAUGCAAAUGAUCUGAAUCCUUAUGCAGUUGAUUAUCUCGAAAGAAACACUGUCCUCAAUAAGCUUGAGAGGAAAAUUAAGGUAUAUAACAUGGACGGGAGAAGAUUUAUCGAGGCUAUAUUCUUGAGUGAGACCCAUCCCGUCACACAAGUUGUCAUGAAUUUGCCAAAUGAUGCAGUGGAGUUUCUAGAAUUUAUGAAUUUUCUUACAAGGCCACUAUAUAUUUGGGUGGCAUGUCGUGUCGUGUCGAAGGCAUUGGAGGAUCCAACACGCGACACUCGAUGUACAGCAGGGUAUUGAAGUUACAUAGGUUCUGAGUUCUUUGUGUAGUGCUGCAAACCCUCCAUCCCUCACCCUCGAAAAGGUGAAGAAAAAUAAGGAAUCAAGGGCACAAAGAAUAGGGAAAGUAUGAAGAGAAGUGAUAAACGUGCAGAUACUUGGGAUGGGGCUAUCAUGUAUCCAAUCUUUACGAACGAGACUUACGGGAGUGAUAAACAUGCAUAUAUACAGGAAAAGAUUGUUGCAAUGAUUUAAGUGAUAUGGAAGUUGUAAAUGAGGAAUCAAUUCAAUUAUAGCCAGUUAGUGUUGUGCCUAUGUAUGUCCCACAACUUAAUGAACAAAUUACUUGUAAAAUUUGACCUUGUAAAAUCUGGCAUUGCUGACGUUCAGAUUGUUAUGUUUGGAAGUGGAACUUCUGUUUUGUGGAAUUUGUAAUGACAGAAUUCACUUAAAAUUA